GUACAUCUUUCUUCGUGCUUUGCAUUGCAAUGGCUGUAACCCCCUUUUUCUUCGCAACCUCUAUCCUUCUUUUGUCAUCCUUGGUCAUUACUUCUGCUAAUGAUUAUAGCUAUGACACGAAGACAGACAGUGUUAAACCUGGCUAUCACCCAAAAUCAGACGCAAAUUAUGAUAGCACCCCGAAACCAGACUUCCCCAAGCCUACAUUAACCAUACCAAAAUCAGACAACGAAAAACCAAAUUAUGGGUAUGAUUCAAUCCCAGAAGCUCCACUCCCCACUGGGAUUGAAGGUCUUGUUCUUUGCAAAUCAGGCUCUAAUUAUAUUCCCAUUAAAGGAGCUUUGGUAAGGAUAGCAUGCAUGGCUGUGGACCAGAACGGAUAUGAGACAACACCUUUCUCAUGCUUGACUGGGGCAACUGAUGCAAACGGUUACUAUUACAAAACAUUGCCUGCUUUUGGACUUGGUGAUUUGAAAGUCACAGAAUGCAAGGCCUACCUUGAAAGUUCUCCAUUGGAGACCUGCAAAAUCCCAACAGAUGUCAACAAUGGCAUGAGCGGUGCCCUUCUUUCUUCCUAUCACAUCCUCAGUAGCAAAAACAUUAAAUUGUAUUCUAUGAGAACUUUCUUCUACACCUCCGAAACAACACCAACUCCUGCCGGUGGUUAUUAAAUUUCUUCUUGGUUUACCUUAUUUUUUAUUUUUCAUACAUUUGGGAUGGGAAUUUGAUCGCAUUCUUAUUGUUUAUUUAGUUUAAUUUACUUUGAUUGUCUUGAUUUAUUGCUCAAUAUAUUUGAAUUUUAAGAUUGUAAUAAACUUGGUUCUUUAUA